AUGCCUCGACUCGUGGUCAAUCCCCACCUCCUUGUUUGCUCGGAUUACACCUCCCCCAACUUUGAAGCCAUUCGCCAGCUCAGUCGCUUCCCCAAGGAAGAUCCCGCAGCCACUGCACAGCGACUAGUUGCCAUCUGGACAGCAGGCAAUAACCAGGAUCGCGUGGCAUGGACUGCGCAAGUAGCAGCGGACACAGCUGCUGCAGUGGAUGCGGAACGCGACCGCCUCGAACAGGAGGCGGCCAAUAAGGCUAAGGUGGAAAAGGAGCUCAACAAGAAGAAACCGAAGCUCCUUCCCUUGAACCCUGGGGGUAUGCCUUCUAUUCUCCCGGUUCACGCCCCUCCCUACGCCUUCCACAAGCUAGAGCUAAUUGAAUAUGUCAAGCUUUACUACUUCGCCCUAGAAGUCUGUCAUGAAGGCUCCGACUCUUUCAAGUCCACCACCGAUGACACGUUCACACUGGCCCAUUCCGACGAGGGUCUCACUCUGCGUGCUGCAUCCUCUUCUUGUCCCUCUUGCAAAGUCAUCCCAGACUCCAAACUGUCCUGGGAACAGUUUUUCUCCGCCUGCACUGUUUUCAUGGUGGAAAUUCAGCGAGCCAAAUGGCCUGCUGCCCUCACGCAACAGAUGGCUUUUUUUCUCUUUGCCCUUGAAAACCAUCCUAUGGCCUUGGUCCUGGAGUACGGUAAACAAGUAAUGCUGCUCAUACAAGCCUCCGUGCACCGCUCCUGGCAUGCCCUACUCAAAACUCCUCAAAACUUCAACAUAUCCGUGAUCAAUGACAUAUUUGUUGAUCGCACCGCGUCCGAGUACACCCACGGUAUGCAAUACUCCGGCAUUGGUCUGUUCCUUUUCUUGCUCCCCCCUUCCCGUUCUCGCUAA